AUGCCGAGUCCAUGGCGCCAACUCCGCUCCUACAUUUUCCUCAGCGAUGAAGAGAUGGGGAAGAAGGACGACGACCACCACCGCCCCGGCAGCAGCGCCAUCAAGAACCCCAUGCUGCUUCGAAACAGGAACCCCCAAUGGCAGCCCGCCGCCAAGAUGCCCUCCCGCCGCCUCUUCAGACGCGUUGCCUACCUCCUCGUUAUUGCCGCCGGCCUCUGGUACCUGCUCAGCGACCUCUCCCUCGGUUUCGGUCAACGACCCCCGAACUACAUCUACCCGUAUCCCGAAGACGCCUCCCCGUCCCGCGACGCCACGUCACGAAAGCCCGGCCGACUCGCCCAGGGUCAACCCCUUCCGCCGGCCGCAGAACACGACUACAACGGCCCCGUCAAGUUCCACCGUCUCGCAAACUCGUUACACGCCAUUGCUGCUACCAAGGGCAGCCAGCCCAUUAACCAGAAUGUCCUCUUCGCCGCCUCCAAUUUGCACAGCCUCUCGAACUUGCUACCGUUCGCAUGCAAGAUGGGAACCGAGCUCAGGAGCUACGUGCACUUCGCAGUCAUGAGCAGGAGCGACAUCAACCUGGACGAGCUCAAGAAGAUCAAUGGCGUGGACGAUACCUGCUACAUCAUCUGGCACGAUGCCCGAGCCGACUUCUCGCCCCUCUCGACCGACGCCCGACUCGAACAAUCCGCGAUUCGCGCGCUGCGACACAUCACCACAUACAUGCACCCUCAAGCUGUUAUAAUCGACGGCUCCGAUGAAGAAUACGUGCCCUUCACGAAGGGCAUGCGCGACGAGACGGGCCGGCUCAGGACCCCGCUCAUCGAGCUUCCCGGGGGCGCCUGGAUGCAACUUUCUUGGUUAUCGAAGCUCGACAGCGCUUCGCUGGCGGCUUGGAACCAGGUCAGCAUCGACAUCCUGAUCCAGGCCCCGGCGAGCGGCUCCGGCAGCCUGCUGCGGCUGCUCAAGUCUCUCAACGACGCCGACUUCACCGCUUUCUCGAUUCCUCAUCUCACCAUUGAACUGCCCCAAGAUAUCGAACCGGCGACGGCCAAGUUCCUCGAGACGUUCCGCUGGCCGCCGCCACACGUGCAUAACCCUGGGCGCGUGCAGAUGCUCUCCCUGAGGCAUAGAAUCCCGCGACAGCGGAUGACAGAGGAGGAGAGCUCCAUCCGAUUCCUCGAGUCUUUCUGGCCAACGACGCCAAAGUACUCCCAUAUUCUAGUUCUCUCACCACAGGCGGAGCUUGCGCCGGGUUUCUUUCACUACCUCAAGUAUACAGUCCUGGAAUACCGCUACUCCCGCCUGACAACUCUUCAGAAAUGGGACCAACGUCUGCUCGGCAUCAGCAUGACCACGCCUUCUAUGUACCUCAAUGGCAAGAAGGGAUUCAUCGAGCCGACGGCAGAAGGAAAUGAAGAUCCCGGAACAUCCUACUUGUGGCAAGCUCCCAACAGCAACGCCAUCCUCUUCUUCGGUGACAGGUGGAUCGAGUUGCAUGGCCUCGUAUCGCAAGUCGACGCGCUGCAAUACGCGCGCGGCGCCGAGCCGUCGCCGGCGCUGAUUGCGGAAAAGCAGGUCAGCAAGAUGUUCCCCUCCUGGCUCGAACACGUACUGCGCCUCUCUCGGUUGAGGGGCUACUUCACGCUGUACCCCAGCGCGGAGACGGCCGCCACGAUCGCGACGGUGCAUCAGGAGCUCUACCAACCCCCCGAGGAGUACGAGAAGGAAGGCGGGGAGGGCAAGAGGACAGCGAGCCUCUCGGAGUCGAGGUUCGGCCCCGGGUCCCUGGUGCAGACGAUGGACACGCUGCCGAAUAAUGGCAGCCUCAGGCCGGCCAACGAUCUUCCGCUGCUCGGCUGGGAGGGCGAGGGCACGAACUUGAGGCACAUAUAUCAAAUGGCGGUGGAGUACAUGUUUACGUGGCGCGAGCAGGUCGGCGGCUGCAGCAAAGAAGAGUCCCAGCGGGAUCACGUGGACGGGUCCGCGAGGGAUUUGUUUUGCACGCCCGAUGGUAGACUCAAGGGUUGA